AUGCUCUGCGCGGGAGGAGAGAGUGGCAUGGAUUCUUGUCAGGGAGAUUCUGGUGGGCCACUUGUUCGAGAACAGCUGGACGGGGACGUGCUCAUUGGUGUUGUGAGCUGGGGCAGCGGCUGUGGACGUGGCGGAUACCCUGGCGUCUAUGCUCGAGUGUCGGCCGCUAUGGAGUGGCUGUCCAGCGUCGCCCCUCGAAAGACAUUUUGCCGGUAG